AUGACCACACUACAAGUCAAAGGGCCACGAAAAGGCAAUCCAUUAGCAGUUUCUUACCAUACAUCGUUUCUGAGGUCGCAGGGCAAUAGUCUAUCGGAGUUCUUGGUGACUAUUCGACUAGGUGCGAGACUCAACGAAAUACAUGGCAGCUUCUCGGGGAAGUCUCUCCCUAUAGUCAGAACAUAUGCUGAUAGAAUGCUGGGACAUGAAAGGACAGAAAGCAUCGAAAAUCACCAUCCAGCUGGCUCUGAGCAUGGCGAGGAGACGCUGAAUGUCGUGAACCAUGACGAGAGCAGUGACUACACUGAUACAGAACAAGGUCCCAGCACCAAUAUUCUCGGAGACACUCUACGACCCAAAAGCCCUCCACUUGCUCUCUGGCCACUAGAUGGCGACAAACCUGUGAUUCCGACUCCAGAACUACCUACACAACCCAAUAAGGAAAACACAGACUCAGAGAGUGAGCUUGAGAUCCUCGAGGUGCGAGAAAUCCCGGGAAGAGUUGAUUCUGAUUCCGACUCGGACAACAGCGAGCUUUCGUCAUUGGAUGAAGAGCUAAAUAAUGUUCUAGCGUCAACACCAUCAGUGCCUACCCAGGCAGAGUCCCCGACAGUGACGCCUGCGGCACGAACAAUUGCUUGGGACAAGUUGCUCCCGAACCUAUUGAGACCAGUCAAAGCACGGACAUCUCCACCUCCUGCCGGCUACAGAAACAUUCCUCCGAACCUCGUAAACACCAUUCAGCGAGAACUUAAUCUAUUUUAUGAUACUGGAGCUGAUGAUGAGUUGGAGGUGGUGGGAAAGAUUGUGUUUUCACUCAAGGAUCCUUAUUCCGCAACCAAAAUCAAAUUGCCAGUGAAGGCAACGACGUGUCGACAUUUCGAGUGUUUUGACAUGGAUAACUUCUGCCUAUUCCAUAAGUUGCCACAUGGCGUGCGUAACAGCUUGAAGAAAAGUCUUAUCAUGAAGAGCCACGAAUCUCGGAAGUUGGAGCAGCUCUUUUUAAAGCAGCAACAGCAAAUAGCGAACGGAACACUUCUGUUCAAAGCUCCAGGUCUUAUCUACCCGCUGUUCUCAGAGCAUGGUCAAAUAUUCUUCUCGGAGAUUUACAGCAGAACCCCUCCCCUCUACAAGUGUCCAUUGUGCGACGAAAAAUUUGCAUUGAAACAGCUCUACAUCAGCGAUAUCUUCAACUUCUUUGUGAAGACGACGCCACUAAGUACCACCCGUAUCGAGCUAGUGGAAGCUGACAGAUACAAGAUAUUAGAAUCGGAGUUCACGGAGACAAAGGAGGAUACACCCGAAAUGGUAGACUUAUCCGACGAGGAAGAAGAGGAGGGUCCUAUAGCGCCCAAACAGGAAUUUAACGUCGCAAACAAGUCUUUCAGCGAGGACUUCAAUGACGGGUUGGAUGAUGUGCUCAUGAAGAUGAGCCAGGGUGAUGGAACAUGGGGAAACCCAAUGACUUUAGAUUAA